AUGUUUAUCUUUUUGAGCAAGAAGAUUGCUAUUCCAAAUAAUGUCAAGUUGAGAUGCGCGUCGUGGAAUUCAGAGCAUGGUUGGAUCGCUUGUGGGGGGCAGCAUGGGCUUUUGAAAGUGUUGCGGCUCGAAUCAACAGCUCAGCCCGAUGGAAAAGGUCCUCGAGGUAUUGCAGCCGCGAGUAAUCUCACCAUGAAUCAAUCUCUUGAAGGCCACAACGGUCCCGUGGUGUGCGCUACAUGGAAUGCCAACUUUAAGAAACUUACUACAAGUGACGAAAAUGGUCUAAUUAUUGUGUGGGUGCUCCAUCGUGGAAUGUGGUACGAAGAGAUGAUAAACAAUCGAAAUAAAAGCGUUGUGCGCGAUAUGAAAUGGACAACCGAUGGUCAGAAGAUUUGCAUUGCAUACGAAGAUGGUGCUGUGAUUGUUGGCUCUGUAGAUGGUAAUCGUCUUUGGGGCAAAGAAAUGAAGACACAACUAGCGUUUGUUGAAUGGUCACCAGAUGGGAAAUCACUUUUGUUUGUUACUAAAGACGGUGAAGUGGCAGUGCACGACUCGAUGGGGAAUAAAAUAAGCCGCAUGACACUGUACGCUAUUGAAUCACGUGGCGGUGGAAAGGACUAUACGAUUAUUGGGGUACAUUGGUACGAUGGAAUUGAAGGACAUAUUAGUCAAGACGCACCAACUUUAGCCAUCGCGUUUCGUGAUGGCAAAGUCCAAAUUACUCGAGGACGAGUCGAUGAGAAUGCCAUUUUGAUUGAUACGGGAAUUGAGUUGACUCAAGUUCGAUGGAACAAUGAUGGAAGUGUCAUCGCACUUGCUGGAACACAAGUCGAUCACUCUGUACCAAAAGGCGAUUCAUUAAAAGAGUUUAAUGUUGUUCAGUUUUACGAUCCCUUUGGUCAUCACUUGCGUUCACUUCGCGUGCCGGGUAGCCGAAUUGAAGCAUUGGCUUGGGAAGGAACAGGUUUGCGGAUCUGUUUAGCUGUCGACUCGCAUAUUUACUUUGCCAACAUUCGCCCAGCGUACAAGUGGGGUUUUUAUGCCAACACGCUGGUGUAUACAUACAAUCGAAUCGACCAGGUCGAAAAUUGUGUCGUCUUUUGGGAUACCAAGUCAGACGAGCGAUGUACUAAAUUCAUUCGUGGCCUUUUAGGGAUUAAGUCAGCCGGAAACAACUGUGUUUUAGUGACCAAGAUUGAUACUGAAAAUUAUAGCUCUGGGGAAUACUAUGGACAGCCACUGGACGACGAUCAGCGCGGGUUUAACGGAAUGCGUUAUCAAUUAAUUCUUUGUGACACAAUCGGGUCUCCGAUUGAUACAAAAGUCAUUUGUUUGGAGCCACUUUAUGUAACUAUGACUUCGCGUCACAUCGUUGUGGCUUCUUUAGAUGCUAUCUUCGUAUGGCAGUAUAAAAACACUAGCUCUCAAUUGACUGGUCUUGCCAACCAAGACGCAAUGGACGUUAGCUCGAUUUCUCAACUUUUACAACGUGGCGGGGGUCGAGAAAAAGCGUUCUACAUCGACGAGACACAAAGCAACGAUGCUGAGCACUUUAACUACGUUGCUCGACAGCUAGAAGAUCCGAUCUGUGCCAUUUGUGCGUCCGAUAGCUGGAUCUUUGCAGCCCGAACAAGUGGCUUAAUCCAUUGUUUCACGUUGCCUCAUAUUUCGCUCGAAAUGAAGUACAUUGUCAACUGUCGUCCUCAGUUUCUAGCUCUAAACUGCAAUUCAACUUUACUAAGUGUGAUUGAUAUUAAUGGCUUAUUAACUAUCAUGGAGGUCGGUGUAGCUGGAAGUUUACAAACAAGUCAGGGCAAAAUGCUGAAUUUUGAGAAGAAAGAUGCUUGGGACGUCGUAUGGGCUGAAGACAAUCCAGAACUUUUUGUUAUGAUGGAGAAAGCGAGAAUGCAUAUCUUUCGUGGCCUUGAGCAUGAAGAGCCUGUGGCAUCGUCGGGAUACCUUUGCCAUUAUAAAGACUUGCAAGUGAAAGCGGCAUUAUUGGAUGAAAUUGUUGCAAACCCCGAACAACCUGAUAGGAGCAUGGUGAUUGAAUUCCAGACUCGGUCAUUGCGUGAUACCAAAGCCCUUCUUGAUAGCGUCGGACUUGCUGAAGCAUAUGAGUAUAUACAGGAUCAUCCCCACCCGCGAUUGUGGUCUCUAUUGGCGGAAGCUGCACUGGAGCAAUUGGACUUUAGCAUGGCUGAGCGAGGUUUUGUUAAAUGCAAAGACUACAGUGGUAUUCAGUAUGUAAAACGAUUGCAAUUACUUAAUGAUCGUGUGAAGCAGAAAGCUGAAGUGGCUGCAUAUUUUCAGAAUUUUGACGAAGCUGAAGCACUUUAUCGUCAAAUUGAUCGCAAAGAUCUAGCAAUUGAUCUCCGCCAACGACUUGGCGACUGGUUUCGUGUCGUGCAGUUGCUUCAGUCUGGAGGGGGCAAUGACGACUUAUUGACUCACACGUGGAAUAUGAUUGGCGAAUUCUAUUUUGAUCGUCACAAGUGGGAAAAAGCGAUCAAAUACUUUGCACAGGCAAAAAAUACAAAUGCUCUCGUACAAUGUUACUAUGCUUUGGGCGAUUUUGGGCAACUAGAGGCUCUUGUUGACGAAAUUCCAGAAACUUCGCCCCUCUUAAAGGAAUUGGCCGUUAAGUUCACACGAGCUGGGCUGUGUCAAUCUGCAGUGGAAACUUAUGUGCGAAUGGGCGACGUCAAAUCCGCAAUAGAUUCUUGCGUCCUAUUAAACGAAUGGGAAUCUGCUGUUAAUCUCGCGGAGCAAUAUAAUUUUCCACAGAUUGAAAAUGUGCUUGCAAAGUACGCUAAUCAUCUUCUGAUGACUGGGAAGACUCUUCAAGCAAUCGAGCUGUACCGACGGGCUAAUAAAAGUACUGAAGCGGCAAAACUGUUAGCAAAAUUGGCUAAAGAAGUGGAAAAGAAUCCUCUUCGAGCCAAAAAAUUGCAUGUUCUUGCAGCAUUUGAAGUGGAACGUAUGAGGCAAAAGAUGCUCGACAUUUCCAGUCUAACCACCUCGAAAGGCACCACAGCAGCUCAAGUGACUGCAAAAACGCUCGAAAGUUUGGUACAACAUGAUGCAGCUACAGGUGAGAAUCGAUCUCUGGAUAAUCCAUGGCGUGGUGCUGAAGCGUAUCAUUUCUAUCUCCUUGCUCAUCGUCAAUUAUACAGUGGAAAUAUUGAGCAAGCACUCCAUACGAGUCUGAAACUCUCGGCUUAUGAAGAUUUACUCGAUGAACGUGAAAUCUACUCGCUUAUCGCUUUGACGGCAUUUUAUACGAAGCAAUUUGAACAGUGUUCUAAGGCUUUUGUCAAACUUGAAACACUUCCGGCUUCAAGCGAGAAGGAGUUAGUGGCGAUAAGUGAUCUUGCGCUCAAGAUUUUUACGACAGCUCAACUAAAACUUCAAGAUUCGACAAUGCGAUCGCAAAAGUGCCCCAAUUGCCAAUACCAAGUGAACGAAUGGGAUGCUCGCUGUGGCAAUUGCAGUCGUCCAUUUCCAACAUGUAUGAUGACGGGAAUGGUAAUUCAGAAUCAACGCACGACCAUGUGCAAAGCCUGUCGCCAUGUGUGCAUUGAGACUGAGAUUCGAGAACAAAAAAAUUGCCCCUUGUGCCACACUCCCUUUUCGUACGUGUCAGAAGGUAAUCAGUAG